CGUGGCCAGGCCCGUGAUGCUGCAGUGCCGGCCGGCCCAGGAGUUCAGCUUCGGCCCCCGCGCCCUGAAGGAUGCGCUGGUGUCCACCGACCCCGGCCUGCGGCAGCUCUAUGCGGCCGCCUUCUCCCCGGCCGAGCGGCUCUUCCUGGCCGAGGCCUACAACCCCCGCAGGACGCUCUUCGGCGCCCCGCGCAUCCGCACGGCCUUCGACUGGCUCCUGAGCCGCCCGGAGGCCCCCGAGGACUUCGAGACCUUCCACGCCGCCCUGCCGCCCCGGAAGCAGAGCCCGGCUCGCAAGCACAUCUACCUGCAGCCCAUAGAUCUGAGUGAGGGGCUGGCGGGCGGCGCGCUUCUGUACCACCUGCGGAGCUGCACAGAGGCCUUCUUCCUGGGCCUGCAGGUCAGGUGCUUGCCCUCGGUGGCGGCCGCGUCCAUCCACUGCUCGUCGCGCCUCAGUCAGGACUCUGACAGGCUCCAGCUCCACACAGACGGCAUCCUGUCCUUCCUGAAGAGCAGCAAGCCGGGGGACGCGCUGUGCGUGCUGGGCCUCACGCUGUCCGACCUGUACCCCUGCGAGGCCUGGACCUUCACCUUCGGCAAGUUCCUUCCAGGGCACGAAGUGGGCGUCUGCAGCUUUGCCCGGUUCUCAGAGGAAUUCCUGCAGCUGGGGCCCAGCGCCCCUGAUGUGGCCCCGGCCGAGGUGGCAGCAGACGGCCCCGAGGUGCCCCUGCAGGACACAGGCCCGACUGUGUGCUUCAGUGCCCUGGGGAUGCUCCAGUGCUGCAAGGUCACGUGCCACGAGCUCUGCCACCUCCUGGGCCUGGGGAGCUGCCGCUGGCUCCGCUGCCUCAUGCAGGGGGCCCUGAGCCUGGACGAGGCCCUGCGGCGGCCCCUGGACCUCUGCCCCAUCUGCCUGCGGAAGCUGCAGCACAUCCUGGGCUUCAGGCUGGUCGACAGGUACAAGAGACUGUACCUCUGGACCCAAGCGGUGGCGGGGACGCAGCCCGGCCCGGAGGCGGCGGGGGAGCCGUCGGCGUCCCUGUCGGAGGACACCCUGCCGUGCAGCGCGGACUCGGGCCUGUGCUGUGAGAGCGACUCGGAGCCAGGCACCAGCCUGUCAGAGCCCCUGUCCCCCGACGCCUGGAGCCACGCCUUCCCCGCGGGCGCCGAGCUGGAGCCCGAGGACGGGCUGGGCUCCCUGGCGGCUGCGGAGGGACCCGGGGAGGCCCUCGCCGAGCACGGGCGGUGGCUGGCGGCCUGCAUCCAGGCCCUGGAGAGGGAUGUGACCGAGGAGGAGCUGGCACGGGUGGACAGUGCCGUGGACGCCCUGGCCCGCUGGGAGAUGUUCACGGGGCAGCUCCCGGCCCCCAGGCACGACCUGCCCUGCGGCCAGGACAGCGCGGGGCUGCGCCGCAUCCUGGGGGGCAAGUUCUCCUCCCUCAGGAGGAGGCUGAGCGCCCGCAGGCUGGCCAGGGCCGAGGUGUCGCCCCGGCGCUGGAAGGCGGAGGAGAACUAGCACAGCAGGCGCGUCUGGCCCAGUGUCUGCUUGUCCCCGGGACGGGCUUCCUGGCCACCAGGGCGCUGAGGGCCCAGCACUGGUCAGAAGGAAGGUGUCUCUGGAAGCAGAGGGCGACCCCUCUGCCUGGGGCCCCCUCACUCCCAGGGCUACCCGCAGCCUUGCGAGGUGGUUGGCUGGGGGUGCCCAGCACCCCGGGGGCUGUCCUCGGGCCCCACCCGACGCAUGGUGGGUGGUGGGAGCCGAAGCUUGUUUGUCCUGGGGCUUCUCCGGGCAUGCCAGUCCCUCGCGCUGGAGCACGGAGGCCGCCUUGGGCAGGGAGGCCCGGGGCUGUGCUACUGCAAACGCCGGUGUCUCGGCGCCUCGGCAGGGCCGCCACGCAAGGCGGGCUUUUGUCUCUGUCCUCAAAGCCCACGGGAGGGUCGCCCCGCGGCACUGCUUCCUGAGCCUUAGCGAUUUCUCUUGAGCGGCUCGUGACAGUCCGGGAUUGCCACCACGCCCUGGAGGCUGGUGAGCGUCAGAGCAGGGGGGGUCCACAUGCAGAGCCAAGGUGCUGCGAGGCCGAGGCCCCUCUGAGUCCCCGAGACAGCCGCCUGCUGCGACUUGCAGAGCAAGCGAACUGGUUCCGUUCUCAGGAUGGUUUUCUGACAGUGGUGGCCUGGACGCCAACAUCACUGAAGGCAAGGGGCUUAGAGUUUGUUCCUAACUCCUGUGUCUGUGCUUUGUGGUCUAGUUCUACCACUUUCGGAGAGCAAAACCUGGUUGAGAUGUUAAGAUACCCACCAGUCCGUAGAAUUCUGUCUCCCUUUAAUUUUGUCAAGCGGUGCUUCCAGUUGUGGACGCUCCUUCAUGGGCGCAGGCAUUUCCUUGUUACGUUUUCCCCGUGUCCAGUGUCAGAUGCCCUGGUUUGCAGCUCCCGAGGCCCGGGAGAGAGGCCUCUGGUUCCGGCGGCAGAAUUCCUGCAGAGUCCUGAGUGGGCUCAGUAUUUUCCCGUCGGGAAAGAGGCAAGAACAGGGCAGACAGCUCCUACGCUUUGUGCGUAGCUUAGCCGUGUGGGGGGCCUUCUGAGAAAAGCAGCGCAAAAUACAGACCCCCAAGCAAGGAA